UAGCGGUUGUAGCAGGUCUGCGGUGGGACGCUGCAUUAAUGAGGGACUAGCUAGCCCAUGUUAAUCACGACACGACAGCGAGAGGAGAGGACAGCAACUGCAGCGCAGCCGCUGCGUACUCUGGCAGGCUUAUUGCUCAGUUUAUUCGAAGCUUUGGCUAUUGGGUCAACAAAGGCAGCGUAAAUCUACUUUGUCAUUUAUCAUUACCUAACCAGAAAACGGAGUAUUCACAUCUGAAAAGAUUAGCUGGACUAGGCUACGGAAAUUAGGAAGAGAUGGAGAGGGAGCAUUUCGAAGAGCGGGACCCGGGUCAGAGGCACGGCUCUGGCGCACGAGCAAAUGGGUUGCCAAGUCCGCCACACAGCGCACAUAGCAGCUUGUUCCGAACGCGCACACUGAAGGCGCUGAGUGUGGAGAAGAGGGCAAUGAAGGUCCGAUUCUAUCGGAAUGGCGAUCGGUACUUCGAUGGCAUUGUCUACGCCGUCUCUGGCGACAAAUUUGGAUCCUUUGGCGCACUACUGGCCGAUCUAACUCGUUCCCUCUCUGACAACGUUAACUUACCGCAGGGUGUCCGGACCAUCUAUUCAGUUAAUGGGUCAAAAAAGAUUACAUCUAUUGAUCAGCUUGUGGAAGGGGAGAGUUAUGUGUGUGCAUCUAUUGAAGCUUACAAAAAGAUUGACUACACCAAGAAUGUCAACCCUAACUGGUCGGUGAACGUGAAGGCCUCAGCCAACUGCAAGCCACCACCUUCCUUGGCAAGUACAAAACUAGGGUCCACCGAGGUGAAGAUGUACAAGGACUUCAUCCGGCCAAAGUUAGUGACCAUCGUCCGUAAUGGCAUGAAGCCUCGCAAGGCUGUGCGCAUCCUCCUGAACAAGAAGACAGCCCACUCGUUUGAGCAGGUCCUCACUGAUAUAACAGAUGCCAUCAAGCUUGACUCAGGUGUGGUCAAGAGGAUCUACACUCUAGAUGGCAAUCAGGUCACGUGCCUUCAGGACUUCUUCGGGGACGAUGAUGUCUUCCUCGCAUGUGGCUCUGAGAGGUUCCGCCAUCAGGAUGACCUUCUGCUGGACCAACAUGUAGAAAAACCACAACACAACUCUUUUGAACUCUGGACAGACAGUCAAGGUGCCAAAAAAGAGACCAGGGUGGUGAAGUCCAGGACUGUUGGCCUGUCCCACCGCAGCCAGUCCACUUCUGGCUCAGUGAAUGGGACUUCAGCAAGUCCGGUAUCGACAACGCCUCACUCCAUGAAGUCACCCAGCCCCUCACCCAUCAGCCAAGCCAACAUGAGAAAACGCAAGGACAAGGACCAGGUCACAACUGAAUGCACAGCUUGAACUCCCUUGAGUUCUGAUAGCGGAAUUAGCGUGUUGGAAGACCAAUUGAGUAAUCCCCUGAAAACCUUAGAGUCUGUGAAUGGGGUGGCUGACCACUGACUGGGCCGAGGCAGCUGCAUUGGAUUCGUCCCGCGAGGCGCUCUCUCUCUCUCUUUCUCCGUUCUCAUGCCAUCAUUGUGGUUUUUCGAGAGCCCCAAACGCCAGUGAUUGACAGUGGAGAGUGCCCCCGCUGCCUUUUUGCUAGAUUUGUUGUUCUGUACGAGUGUAACGUGCUUUUCAUGCUAGAGACGUGCUAGUGAACCAUCUGUGUGAAUUAAAGCUACCACAAAGCAAAAGACAAAGGAAAUGAGCAUGCAACUCGACAGGGAUGAUGGGAUUUCUCUGCCGUUCUCUUUCCGUCCGAGAGUCUGUGUGUGAGAGUGGGGUUUAAGCAUGCAGGCCUGUGGUCGUGUGUGUGUGGUGUGUGUGUGUGUGUUUGUGUGUGUGUGUGCGACUACAUCAAAGCAAUCCCCUAAUCCCGCCUUCGAGACUUAUGACAGGGAGAGGUUUAAUUCUAGAAGCGUUGAAUGUUAAACCCGAAAAGUCCAGGCCCCAAUCUCGCUUGUCAUUGGUGGCUGUGCAUAAUUUUGUUCUAGCGCUAAGCUAAAAAAAUAAUUUCUGUGCCCUUCCUCCCGCUUUGUUUGUCCGCCAUGACCUUAUCCUCUAGUCUCGAGGCCUCCAGCCCCCCAUCCAGUAGAUUUAACACUUGCCACUCUAUCCAUAGCUGCCAGCGGAUUUAAUGGUUGGCAGUGGUCAAGUGGUCAGAGCCUGUGAGGAGAAAAAACGUGUGGCAUUUGAUUUGCUGCUUAGCGCUUCUGUGAAGUGUGCCAUUACUGACCCGGGCGAGGAUUAAUUGGAGGAUGCCCUCCUCAGGCAACACAGAGGAUUAGAGACUGACCUGGAAUCAGUCAUGUUAUUCCAGGCCUGACAGGAAGUACCUUUCUGUCCUGUCGUUUACCAGAUUCACAGAUUAUUCGCCCCAACCCCCAAAUGAGAACUUCAUCAGAAUUCAGUGUUCAGGACUCCUUUCUUUCCGGAACUUAUCUCUGCAUUGAAAAUACGUGCCCUGGGUACACAGGAAGCAAGGCAAGAGUUUUGUUAUUUUUAGACACUGCUAAAUAAUGUAAAACACGUUAUUCUAUGUUUAUACCGCUGUGUAACUCCUGUUCGUGUCCUCAGUCGUGCCAGGGUGCGGUUGUGGAUGGGAACUAGCAUAGACUAUGUUUUUUUUCUUCAUAGAGAGACAAAAACAUUUCCAUUAACGAAUUUGAGAAGAAUUUUAAAACUCUUCUUACAGCCCCAUUGAGCACAUCCCUCAAACAGCACACAAGUCAUACACAAGUAUGACAUUCAGUGAUGUUUGAAAGGAGGCUGCUGGCAAAUCCCAUCCUGAUUUUCAUUCUGAUGAAAGAACAGUCCUCUCUCUCUCUCUCUCUCUCUCUCUCUCUCUCUCUGCUCUCAUCUGUCUGAUCCCUCCAUGAGGCAGAAUUUGGGACAGCCAUAUCAGUGCAAGGCAGAGGCAUCAUAGUAGCUUUUCAACCAUCUGCUUCAUAAGUGGGUCGCACUUUGAAGACAGAGAGGAGGAAAGUGGGGGGUGGUGGUGGAUGGGAGGAGAAAACCCUACUUCACAAUCUGUGAAUGGGGGGAAGGGGACCAUCUCCCACAUGAGUGAGAUGUAUUUUCCAUAUGCUCGCUGAGAAGCUCUGCUUCCGUGCAAUGCUCAGGUCUGGCUGUAAGCGCUUUUGCUGCAUCCUCAUCACAAAACUCAUCCACAAUGCACAGAAAGGCAAGGACACCUGCCAAGGACACCUGGCAAGGACACCUGAGGUCAUGAACAGGUUGAGCUUAGUGGCAUCGGUUUGGGGGCUCAUGACGGCUUCAGUGUAUGUGACGCACUUUGCUCCUGUGUAAUAAUGAUGUGGAACUCUAGAUAUGUCACAGCAUAGAGAGCUAGCGAGUGUGUCACAGCAUAGAGAGCUAGCGAGUGUUGUCACAGCAUAGAGAGCUAGCGAGUGUGUGCCGCCUGCUGCGCACGUUUCCGUGUCCUCUAGGCAGAUCUGUUGCAGGUUUUGUGUCGCAUACCAUGGAGAGCUGCUGAGACCAAAUGUAUGUCCUCAUUCAGAAUUCAGUGUAUCAAAGUCUGCCCAUUUUCCAUCACUCAUUGCCUAGCUGGUAGGCCCUAGCAUCUUUGGUAGGAGUAGUUUUACAGGCAUUAAAAGAUCAAUAGACUUUGGAAACUAGAGAUUUGUGGGUGAAGUCCCUAAAGUAAGGUAGUCUUGGCACUGAAAACUGGGACAAAUGCCCAUCAUUCCUCCCUGGCAGCAUAACUCAGUAUAAUAGAUAUUUUCAGGCACCUCCCUCACAUAGAAAGCAUAUUCAUUUCAUCAUACAGUAGCAUUAACCAAAUCCAUUGUUAUCCUUUCAAUCAUAUUUUGUAAUUGAAAUGAAUUUGUUUUCUUCUCAUUGUUUCACCAAUAUUUUAAUGAUUUAACAUGACCAUAUCUGGUUCAUUAUUCAUGGAUCAUUAUUCUCAUCCUGAAGCUCCAUCAUGGAUCCAGGCAUGCAGAGAAAGGCAUGAUCUAGUGUGACCCAGUUAAAGACAUUAACGAGACAAGAGGAAAAUCUUUAGCAUUCUCCUCACUGUAUAGUUGCUGGCCAUGUAUCCUAAGGCUCUUUCUCACACACACACACACACACACACACACACACACACACACACACACACACACACACACAUGGUUAACUCUCCCUUCCCCCUUUCCUUCAUCCGCAAACAGAAAGAGGGUCAACCACAAUUAAAACCAUGUUAGUGAUCAUGGAAAAAAAAUGGUGCUGUGCUUUUUUCCCCUCUUUUUUUCAAAUUUCAUUUCUUCACAUUUUCACUUCCGGCGUCAUUUCAUUUAAAGGCCAAAUCUCCACACACUUCACACGCUAUGUGGGUGUCAGUGGGGAUGGCAUCUCACCUCUCCCCUGUCGUCUCCUUAUCUCUCACACGUUAACCAUUACUAGCUGGCCACAGGGUGCUCACGCCUGAUGAGUUGCAUGCUCUUUCGCUUCAUCAGUGUCUGUUUGGUUGCAUGUGUGCUGUGGAGUCCAGUUGAGAGUGCAAUUGAUUUGUACAUUUGUUUUCUGCUGUAUGUAUAUUGUUUGUGUGUUUGUUUGUUUAUUUGGGGGUCGUUUUGUAAAGGUUUGUGUGGUGGGAGGUGAUGGUGUAAUGCAUGUGGUGUAUUUGUCUCUCAUGGUGCAAAUUGUGUUUCUCUCAUGCAUCUCACAUCCAUCCAAAUAGCGUCUACUGUCAUAAACAGCAUCUCCCUCCUGCAAACACUUUGCCUAGUAUCUGUACAGCUCAUGUUUUGGCAUUUUUUUGGUUGUUAGUGCAACCUCCCAUUUACCAUUCAUUGUCAUUAAACUCUCAAAAACCAGCAAUGUACAGAUUAUCUGUUCAUCUUCUACAACUGCCAUUCAACAUCUUAUUUAUUCACCCGGGUAACAGUGUGAUACUGGUCUCAUUCAUUGUCAGUCUCGGGUUUGGUUGUCUUGGGGUUUACCUUCUGUUACAUAUGUGUGCAGCAUUCCCCAUCUCAUUUCUGAAUGUUCUGUAGAUUUGUUCUUUUGUUCUUUUUUUCUUUCAUUCAUGUUGUGAUGUUUGUCAGUCUCUCCUCGUUCAUUUUGAUUUGCUGAGCAAUUAUAGGGCCAUUUUGUUUUCUAAAUCUCAGUAGGAUCUAAAUAGGAUUCUAAAUCUAUUAUUUGAUUUCCAUUGUUUUUCCUAUUGUUUUCAUGUCAUUUAGUUAUUCUCUCAUUUCAUCCAAGCUUCAUCCUGUGAAUAUUGCAUGUGUUAUGUGCUUGUUGUGGACAGCAUCAUUGUGUAUAUGUUGUGUUUCAUAUGAAUCUGGAACCUUUCCUGAGUUAUUAAACAAGAACCAAGCCAAAGUCCAGCUUGAUGUCUUUAGUAGUUAGACAAAUCUCAACCAUUUCCCCCUUAUUUAGGUCAGUCCUGUGAGGAAAUAAAGCCGCUCGCACAGCCUUUUGGGGAGUUUUUUAAUCAUGUUAGCAACGCGAGUAGCAUGCAAUACAUGUGCCUCAUACAACACAGCCCUCAGUUGGAAGAUACUUUAGCCCUCAGUUGGCAGAUACUUUAGGACGGGAUGAGAUUUAAACCCGCUGUAGAAAAAAAAAGGUUGGAAUCGCUGUCACGUUCACAGGGGCCAGUGGUGUGUGUACUGGGCAGAUAAAACAGAACUGUCAACGCUUUCGGAUCCUUCGCAGAGGAGAUAUUCAUUUCCACGUGGCGUUACGGUUACUUGUACGUUUUUUUUUUUUGUACAUUUUUUUUUU